AUGGCUAAAGUUCAGCCAGGGUUGCAGGGCAAGCGCAAUAAGGUAUCACGGCCUUUGACGACAGUAGAAGAAACGGGACGAAGAGCAGGUCUACUUUUAGUGGAAGCUGUGUUCAGCAUUGCACUAUUUUUCAUAGCAAUCUUGAUAUCGAAACCAGUUUUCUUGACCCCUCUGCAAGAUGAGCCGGAACCGCCACUAGCAUCGGGAGAUAUCCUGGCUUCAUUGCACACUAAUAAUAUUUUGGGCUAUGCACCCAAUAAUCAACCUUUUGUCUCUAUUAUGCAUAGAGCUGGAAUUCUAUUGGGACUAGAAAUCAUGAGUGCUCAAACGGAGGAUGACCUCAAUGAAAUGUUAUACAACCGGUCUAGUGGCGCUCCACUCAGAAGCCCCGUCAUAUGGGUCAUCUGGAAACCAAAGGAAAAUAAUAUUUGGACUUUAAGCAUCCGCAGUACGGAACGAGCUCGCUUCGUCACCAGCUCGGAGAACAGAGAGACUUCCAACCCUCACUUACGAGCUGGUUUCCUGGCCGUUCAACUGGCGAUUAGUCAGGCCAUCAUCGAGCAUUCGAGUAUUGAAAUUCCUGAUUUCGAAGUGACUUUAGUCUCAAUGCCGGUAUCUCCAUUGAUGGAGGAAGGUGCAGUGAGGCAAGCAUUAUCAGCCAUACUGUUAUGCUUCACUCUGGCCCUCAUCCCGCCAGUUCUGGAGACGGAGGCACUCGUAGUCAAUGAAACUGUCAACUCUUUUAAGGCAGUGCAGUCAUCCGCACGGUUGGCGGUGGCUGGGCAACUGGCUGCCCUGCAACGUGUCGCGGGUUCGAUUCCCGCACGGAACAACGCUUUGUGUGAUCCACAAAUUGUUGUUUCGGGUCUGGGUGUCAUGUGCAAUAGUUUCGUACGGCGCGUAGCGUUCCGCGCGUGCCUCAAAGAGCCAAUGGACCACCACAGACGGGGCCCUAUAGGGCUGAUGUUCAGCCGGGGUUGCGGGGUAAGCGCAAUGAGGCACCGCGACCUCGGCCCAGAGCAGGAGAAGGAACAGGGGCGUGCCCUCCGUCUUCGAAACGUUGGCUACGCCACUAUGUACGUCAGCUGGCUGGUCUACGCCUACCUGACAUGUCUUCCCAUCUGUGUCCUCGCUUCCAUCACCCUCAUCCUGAUAUUCAGGUGGAUCCAUCUCUUCGCAGCCCUCCUAGUCGUGAUGGCAUACGCUUCCGUCAUGAUCAUGCUAGCUCUGAUGAUGGGCAUGUUUCAUAGCAAAGCUUCCAUCGCUUGUGUGUGGACUACGUUGUUCACUUUAAUGCAAACCUAUUUGGCAGAGCUGUUGGUGCAUCACGAGUACGACCUGAAGCAUAGUGCUCUGACAUUUGUCCUACACCUCAUCCUUCCACCUAUAGGAUUGGUGCAUGCUUUAAAUAAAUUCGCAUUACUCCAAACUGGGCACGAAUCGUUAUCACCCGAAACCAGCUCCCUGGUGUACAUGGUUAUGUCGUGGUGUAUCAUGAACAUCUUCUACUUCGGAGUCCUCAUGAUGCUACAGCGGACUAUUGGUCAGAAACGUGCUAUAGGUGGACAAGUCUCCUGGAGUUCUAUCAUAUUCAAGAAAGUUGAGGAUCGUAACCAGCUGCACACGAUAGAAGCUCCAACAAGAAGUGAGCGUGGAAAGGUUCAACAAGUUGAUGAACUUGUAGCCAAGGCUAUCAGUUUUAGAGAUGUUUCCAAGGCUAGUCUCAGUCUACAUAACUCCAUGUUUUUUACAUUAUUAGAUAGAUGUUCAAUCCUUGACUCCGGAAAAGGUGUUGGAGUUUGGCAAUUCAAGUCUUUGUGCCCAGAGAAGACGGGAAUGAGUAUCAUGGGCGUCCCAGUGUUGAGCGAUAUCACCUUCGAUAUUUACCGUGGCGAGUUCACCGUACUCUUCGCCGAGAGAAUCCAGGAUACAAUGCUUAACACUAUGGAAGACUUGCUUACCGGCCUAACUUUUGCUGAUCACGGAACAAUUACGGUGCUAGGCGAGAGAUUGGAACAUGGUACAGUUGUGAUGACCUCCCCUCAUAUGAUGGGAUACUGCCAUCAUUCGGAGACACUAAUCGAAGACCUCACUGUUCAAGAGCAUUUUACUUUGUUCAGCAUGAUAUGUCUAUGGAACAGAAUGAAGUUGAGUAUAUUUGAGUACGCCCACGUUAGGACGAAGCGUCUCUUGAAAGAGUGUGAUCUAGAAAAGGUGAAGAACGAACGAGUGAGGAACCUGAACAUCUACUACAAGGCUCAGCUAUGUUGGGCAAUAGCCAUGUUACUGGAACCGCGGGUGAUAGUGAUACCCGCUUUGACUGACCAUCGAACUUACGUAUCUGUUAUUAAGGACAAGAUAAUGCAAUAUAAAAAGUACAAGACAAUAGUAUCACUCAACUUCUCGAGUAUGCAAAUUGAGUACGCUGAUAGAAUAUUUGUAUUUGAUAGCAAGAUACUUGUCUUCGGAGGCACUCCAGCCUAUAUGUUUUUUAAGUAUGGUCGUGAAUACCGUGUGCGGAUGACGAUGAAGAGCGGGAUUUCUGAUGACACUAUCAAAGAGCUUCUUAAUCGGGCUGAACAAGCUGGUGCUACAGUGAGAGCUCACCUUGGUUCCUUGCUUAUCCUGAGACUACCAGCUAGUCCUACUGCCACCGUAGCAGAACUUGUAAAGGAUCUGACUGACAACUCUAAUAAAUAUGGUCUCACAUCUUUCAAUAUAAGUGUAGCUGAUUCUGAAGAAGUCUGUCGAAGGUUUGCAAACGAGCAGACGGAUUACCUAAUGUUAUUAGCGGCAAUAACUGCGGGUGCGGCCCUAGGGUUUUCGCUUUCUUCCGUACUCUUCCACAUGGAUCCCGGCAGAGGUUCCAAGAAAGUAAUCAGCGGUGAAAGUCUGACGGAAUAUUUAGUUACUCGUGCGAUAGACUCGCCUCAAGUCUACGUGUACAUGUAUGCUUAUGGGAUGGACGUUUCUACUGAUGCCAACGGAACAGUUAAUGUGCAAGCUCUGUACAGUCCUAUCCACCACGAUCAUGGAGCUGCGGCACGUUCAUUGGCUCGCGUCUUCAUGGCCUUACUCCGAUAUUACUCCAAAAACAUGGAUGCUACAAUAAAGAUCAUUGACGAACCCCUUGCUUUGGACCUGUCACCGUGGCUGAAAGAUGUGACUACACCACCACUUUUCAUACAAUUUAUGUUGAUACUGACCAUUUCUCAUAUUACUCUUCUACCAUCCAAGGAAUAUGGACUUAUCAGGCAUAUUCAAAAACAUGCGAUAAACUUCUCCCCGACUCGCUAUUGGUUGACUCUCUACUUCUUUGACCUGAUACUGUACUGGAUGCUGGUCGGUGUGAUGAGCGUCAUUAUGAUCACCAUCAUGCUUCUCACUAUACCUAUGACGUAUUUGAAUUAUGUUGAUCUCUGCGAAACGACGAUAUUAGCAAAAAUAUUCUACGGUGAUGUUUUCAGUUACGCUGUUGACUUCAUGAGUCUCUCUCCUCAAUUUAAUAUGGCGUACGCCUUUGUGAAGAUCAAACAGAUAUUCUUGUACAACAGCGAGUGUGUUAUAUUCAAAGCUAGAAACCUUUGUCCAAUGAAUACUUUUCAUAAAUGUUGUGACGAAAAGGUGGACACUUUCGGAGACUAUAUUUUGGCGUCAAAUGUGGCAAAGAGAAUUGGCAAUUUCUACGCGGUCCACAACCUUUUUCUUGGGAUUGGAAGAGGGGAAGCAUUGGCUUUGUCUGGACUCAAAGCACACGGACGUACCACGCUGGGAGAAAUACUGGCCGGUUAUACUACACCAGAUGUAGGAAACGUCUGGGCAAUGUCGAAAUACAAAUUAAGAACGCAACCGCAUAAGUAUAGUCAACAAGUAUCCGUUAGCUGCGAUCGCGACCUGCUUCCUUCGUGGAUGGGGGUCAGUUCUGCUCUCGAACUAAUUGCUGCUCUACGAGGAGUGCCACGCAAGUUCAUAAAAGGAGAAGUUAAAAACUAUAUCAAGGCUCUUGAAUUGGAAAAGCUUGCAAAUCAGUAUGUUGAAGACAUUCACGCAAACGAUCGCACUCGUAUUCACUUUGCUGCGGCAGUGAUUGGGGCGCCCCCUACUAUCGUAUUAGACGAGUGCACUGCUUACCAGGACCAUUCCGUGAGACGAGCUAUGUACUCCAUUCUUAAUGCUCUUCGAAAAAGAGGGCAUGCUAUCUUUAUUAGUUCUAGCAGCAUCGAAAGUCACAUGCCAGUGACAAACAAACUGGCCAUCAUGCUGGAUGGUCACAUCUAUGACGUGGACUCAGUUGACAACAUGGUGGAACGGUACAGUAAGAAGGGAUACACCGUCGUAGUACAUCUCAAGGACGAGGUCGACGUUACUCAAAUGUUUUCCAGAUACUUUGUAAAUUUUGUCAUUAAUGAUACAACAGAGGUCCUGGUAAACAUCCAAGUACUUGAUACAGAGCUAACUUGGGCGGGAAUAUUUGAAAAAAUGGAAGCUUUGAAAGCCGAUAAUCAAGAAGUAUACUCAUACAUUGUAACUGUAAUUCCUAUAGAUUAUAUUUAUAACACAAUUAUUAACAAGAGCUCUGGUAACUAUCGGGCUACAGGACUGUGUUCUUGGAAAUGGUUUAAAAAACUGAUGUCAGUCAAACCAGAGAUCGUGCCCAAAAAGAGGGCGUUGAAAAAAUUGAUUCCGUUUGAGCAAAAGUAUGACAUUACCAAGCUGACGGAGCUUCCUUGGUCUGUUAUCUUCCAUAGAUAA